AUGUGGAUUGAUACAUCAUCAUUCGAACUGAUUAAUGGUACCAUUGCGAUUGCCUCCUUUAACAAUAACAAUUCUUGUACUUUAAAUUCUGUUCCUAUAAAUACUGUCAUACUAUUGGUACCAUUUAAUGAAGGAUUGAAUUAUGGUUGUUCAUCUUACGCGGAUAUAAUUGAAAAUAAUUUAUGGCUUCAAACAACAAAUAAACCAAUUAGUGUAAAUGCUACUGUAAUUUCAUCAUCACCAUCUACGGCACAAAGUUCUAAUCAUCAAUCCACGGUGACAAAUGAAUAUAUCGCUACAAAUUCACCCACAAAUACAAAAAAUCAUGGUUCUUCUGUAACAAUGAUAGACAUAUCAUAUGAGACGGAAUCACUGACGCGUCCAAAUAAACGCGUAGUCAAAGAACAUAUAAAGCCACGUAAUAUAAUAAAAUCUUUUUCAUUUGAUAGUCUCAAUAGUCAACCACAAAUAAAAGUAGUGAUAUUUACUUCAAUGAAUAAUGGAGAUCCAGGCAUUAAGGAAAAUUAUGUUGGCAAUUUAGAGACGCUUUCUAAAGUUGCGCCUGUCUUGACCCUAAUGCGAAUAGCAGAUAUGAAAGAUGUUCACAAUCUCUCGGAUCAAAUCUCAUAUGCUGUAAUUAUACCAGAUUCUGGUCCUUGGAUAAAUUUACUCAAUAGUAAAACUUUUCUGAUCUGGACAUUAAUAUCUGGAAUAUUAUAUGGCAGCAUUUUAAUAAUAUCACUUGGUCUAAUUUUAUGGGGCGUUUACAAAAGAAAAUUUUCUCUAGAUAAUCCUAAACCAUGGUUACUUGCUGGGAUUGUUAUAUGUGCUACUACAAGAAAAAAUGAUCUAGUCCCUAUAGUUGAACCGAAUGCUCCAAGAAAUAAUGAACAAAAUGGAAGGACUUCUCAAAGAAAUAAUGAGCAAAUAAUGAGGGUUCGGAUUAAUAAAAAAAUUUUCGAGACUGGUGUAUUAACAAUUUCGUUGAUACUAUCCUUUCUCUUCAUCACUGUUCGAACAUUGGUUACAGCUUUCUUAAACCCGACAAUUCGCAAUUUUUGGAUAACUCGUAUCACUGAUGACGUCUCGUUUAUUAUUGGAUUCAUCGUUCUUUUAAUAACAUUGCAUUCGGAUUCAAUAUCAAAAUAUUCGCAUAUGACAUACGCAAGUAGCCCAGAAGAGUCAAGUACAGAGAAUUCACAGAAUCCUUCAAGAUCAUCAUCUAAUGGUGGAAAUAUACAGGAUCGUCCAAGAAGAAACACUUUGGAAAUUUUAUUUGGAAGGAGAAGUAUUGUGGGAUUAUGA